AUGUCAUCACCAUCAUCGCCCCUCAGGAACUUCAUGAACCAGACCAGGACUUCCGCUUUCACCUGUGAAAGACCAGAUGCUCUGAACAGCUACCGCCCAUCUGGCAGCAACGUUGGUAAACGUGUGGCUGAGCUGUCAAGAAAGGAACCCAUUCUAACAAAACUGCGAGAGGCGAGCGAGCCCUCAGUGCAUGUACCCCCGGGGCUCCUGCUGAGUCUUGGCUGCUCCCAGGGGGGUGAAACCCUGUGCCCUUCUGGGCUGCUCCUGCACCAGGGCCAAGCAGGCAUCUAUCUGGGAGGAGGACCUCAACAGACAGACACGGGGACUGUGCCUUUUAGGAACGGCGUCGUCAAGGAGAGAAGGCCCUGUGCUGGGCUGUGCACCAUCCGGUCUGUUCCUGUCCUCUUCCGGGAUCCUACUUGUGUGGACUGUCUGCUGCGUGCGGGGCCUGUGCAGGGCUCUGCCAGGAGCUCUGAUAACAGGAAGCUACCUGCCCUGGCCAAGCUGCCAGACACGCGGGGAGAGACCACAGUAGCUGAUGUGACUUUACACCGGUCCUUUGUUGCCCUGCUGACCAGGCAGUGCUGUGGGCAGGUGGUGGGUGUGGGGCCCCAGCGCACACGGCCUCAGGCUGACUUGUCCCCCUGA